AUGAUGCAAUCAUCAUCAUCAUCACAACAUAAAUAUACAAAUAGACUUGCCAAAGAGGCAUCUCCCUACUUGUUACAACAUGCUCACAAUCCAGUGGAUUGGUAUCCUUGGGGAGAGGAAGCUUUUGAAAAAGCAAGAAAUGAGAAUAAGCCAAUAUUCCUUUCAAUUGGAUAUUCAACUUGUCAUUGGUGUCAUGUGAUGGAAAAGGAAUCAUUUGAGAAUGAAGAAAUUGCAGCAAUUAUGAAUCAAAACUUUGUAAAUAUUAAGGUAGAUAGAGAAGAGAGACCAGAUAUAGAUAGAGUAUACAUGACAUUUGUUCAAUUGACUACUGGAAGUGGUGGAUGGCCAUUGAGCUGUUUCUUAACACCACAGUUGAAACCAAUAUUUGGAGGAACUUAUUUUCCACCGAAGGAAUCAAUUUAUAGAGGUAAUAUUUCAUUUCCAUCCUUGCUAAACAAGAUUCACAACAUGUGGACCAAUAAGAGAGAAGCUCUGGUUUCACAAGGUGAUAAGAUUGUCUCAGUUCUAAAGAAGGCAUUCACAGAGAAGGAGAAUGAAGAAGAGCCAGCAAAGAGUGCAGAUCAUAUUCUGAAAUUCGCUCACGAAUAUGUAGCAUCUACUGUUGAGGAUUUUCUCUCAUCAUUUGAUACAGUUUAUGGAGGAUUUUCACAAGCUCCCAAAUUUCCUCGUCCUGUUGUAAUUGAUUUCCUAUUGAGAUCUUACUAUGAAGAGAAGGAUGAUAGGAGAAAGUUGGAUAUUAUCAAUUCAGUCACUUUUACUUUGGAUAAGAUGGCUAGGGGAGGAUUGUACGACCAUUUGGGAGGUGGUUUUCAUAGAUAUUCUGUGGAUACCUAUUGGCAUGUUCCACACUUUGAGAAAAUGAUGUAUGAUCAAGGUCAAUUAGCAAUUGUGUUUGCAGAAGCAUACAAGGCCACUAGAAAUGAAUACUACAAACAAAUAUUGGAAGAAAUUCUUCUCUACAUUGAAAGAGAUAUGUCACUUGGUGAAUCAUCUGAUAUGAUUGGAUUCUUUUCAGCUGAAGAUGCAGACAGUUUACCAACUUUUGAUUCUAAAGAAAAGAGAGAAGGUGCUUUCUAUGCUUGGGAUUACCAACAAGUUGUUGAUAUUAUUGAUAAUAUGGUUCCUCAUAUUGGAAGUGUGAAACCUUCUGACAUAUUUUCAUUCAUGUUUGAUUUAAAACAAGAUGGAAAUGUGAGACAAUCAAGUGAUCCACAUGGUGAGUUGACUGGAUUAAACGUACUGUAUAUGGAUAAGUCGUUGAAGGAGACCCAGGAUAGAUUCAGUACUAUUCCACCUGAAUCAGUGGCUAAUGUAAUUAUGGAUUGCAAAGAUAUUCUAUUCAAGGAAAGAAACAAGAUGAAACCAAGACCACAUUUGGACGACAAGAUUAUCACUGCUUGGAAUGCUUAUGUAAUUAGUGCAUUCUCGAGAUCAGCCCUCCUUCUCUCAGAGCCAGGUUAUUUGAAAAUUGCCGAAAGAGCUGCCAAUUUCAUUUAUGAAAAACUCUAUGAUCGAGAAACUAAGGUAUUACACAGAAUUUUCAAGAAAAACUCUGAAAAGGAAAGAAAUAUUGCUGGAUUCCUUUCUGAUUAUGCAAAUAUGAUUUCAGCUUUGAUUGAUCUCUAUGAAGCAUCUGGUUCAAUUAAGUGGCUUAAUUGGGCAUUUGAAUUGCAAGAUAUUCAAGAUUCAUACUUUUACGAUCAGACAAAUGGUGGAUACUUUGAAGAAAGAGGUAAUGAUCCAACCAUUAUCUAUAGAUUGAAAGAGACAAGUGGUAAGUAA